AUGGCGGAUUUGGGGGGCCAACGUAGCCGGAAUUACCGGCCUCACGGACCCGCCUCGUCCACGCAGCGGGAUGCAGCGUAUUCUGACAUCUUCGGAGGCGCACCACCCGCAGGACGCUCCCAUACCAUGAACUCGCAGACCCCACAAUUCUCCCAGGCUCGCGCUCAUACCAUGUCGUCGCAUGUCACACAACCCCAAUUUCAAAGACCGCCGCCUCCGCCAACACGGCAGAUGCCAAAUGGACAAGGACCGCCAUCGGCACCACCAAAUGGAUACCCUAUUCCCCCACAGUCUGGGCAAUAUCAGGCCUACAAUCCAGGGGCCUCGGCAACAAUGUCUUCAUAUCAGCCCCCUCGACACAACCCAAAUACCCAACAACGCUUUGCUGCCUAUCCUCGACCUCAACGCCUCGAGUCAAGACCAAGCCCUACUCCGCAAUACCCAGACCUUAGGGAUUUCAAUCGCGCUAUGCCUCCUCCUGCGCUGAAUUCUGAUUCGUCCCGGUCAAGAUCAAUGGCAAAACUAAGCGGGCCGCCUUAUCAAACCCCUCAAGCAACUUCAAUCACACAUCUGCCACUGCCUCUCGCCGUGAGCAGUAUCAUGCUGGGGCCCAGGUCACACAGCUCGGUCGACCUGUCCCAGAAAAACAUGCGAACGAACGAGCUAUGUCUAUGA